CACCGAGCAGUGAUCAACAAUGCCCGCCGGUGUUUCUUGGGGACAGUACAUGAAGUUCUUGGGCAGUGCCAUGCUGGCCAUGAUGGCCGGAUCCCAGGCCGUGCACAUGUACUAUCGCCCGCUCGAAGAUCUGCCCGCUUAUAUAGAGCGGGAGAAGCAUAGCACAGAUGCGAGUCCCAGUGCCAAGCCACCAGAUUCGACCUGAUUCUGUGUUUCACAAAAUUUCUGUUGAUUAAAGUUAAAGUUAAGAUAGAA